AUGCAGAAUCAAGAUGUUGCCAUCAAGAAAGUGGAAACACAGAUUGAAUUCUUAUUCAAGCAAACCCCUGGGCACAAUAAUUGCAGCAAUAUUAACUCAAUACCAAGGGAAGAAUGUCAGGCCAUCACCCUCAGGAGUGGGAAAGAAUUGAAGGAGACCCACAAGAAACCACCAGAGAAGGAAUUGGAUGAAGAAAACAAAGGACAUGAGGAAUCUCACACCUCAAUCCCCAAGUCACAUCAAGAAAGAGAAAUGCCCAAUCCAUGCCUCUCAAAGGCCCUAUACCCACAGCAGUUGCAAUUAAAGAAGAAGGGAGAGGACAACCAAUUCUCAAGAUUCUUAGAGAUCUUCAAGAAAUUACAAAUAAACAUACCCUUUGCUGAAGCAAUCGAGCAAAUGCCACUCUAUGCCAAGUUCUUGAAGGAGUUGAUGACCAAAAAGAGAAGCUGGAAGAAUAACGAGACUGUGGUACUUACAGAAGAAUGCAGUGCCAUCAUCCAACACAAAUUGCCUCAAAAAUUGAAGGAUCCUGGGAGUUUCCAAAUCCCUUGUAUCAUUGGAGAAAUCACUGUGGAAAAGGCUUUAUGUGAUCUAGGAGCCAGCAUAAAUCUAAUGUCUCUAGCAAUGAUGAAAAAGAUGAAGAUUGAAGAAGCCAAACUAACAAGAAUGGCCAUCCAACUAGCAGACAGGUCAUUCAAAUUUCCCCAUGGGGUAGUAGAAGACUUGUUGGUGAAGGUGGGAGACUUCAUUUUCCCAGCAUAUUUCGUAGUACUAGACAUGGAAGAAGGAGCUAAGACCUCCAUCAUCCUGGGGAGGCCAUUUUUAGCCACUGCUGGAGCCAUUAUUGAUGUCCAAAAGGGUGAACUUGUCCUCAGAUUACACGAGGAGAAAAUGACAUUCAAUGUGUUUAAGGCCAUGAGAUACCCACAUGACUCAUUGGGAGAAUGUAUGAGGUUGGACUCAGUAGAAGCUUUGGUACAAGAAACUCAUGAAGAUGAGCUUGAAGCAUCAACAGAAGAGGAGUUAGCAACAAGCGAAGAAGCUGCAGCCGCUAAAAUACAUGUUCAAGGUGGGUUAGAAGAGAAGGAAGAAAGAAAAGAAGCACCCAAAUUGGAGCUUAAAGCACUGCCAACCACUCUCAAGUAUGCAUACUUGGGAGAAAAUAAAAGCCAUCCAGUAAUCAUAAAUUCAGCUCUCAGCCAAGAACCAGAGGAAGAGUUGUUUCAAGUCUUACGAAGGCAUAAAGAUGCCAUUGGAUGGACACUUGCUGACUUGAAGGGAAUCAGUUCAGCCAUAUGCAUGCAUAAGAUACUCCUAGAAGAAGGUGCCAGACUUUUCAUUCAGCCCCAAAGAAGGUUAAAUCCAGCAAUGAAAGAAGUAGUACAGAAAGAAGUCAUGAAGUUGUGGCAGGGAGGAGUAAUCUAUCCAAUCUCAGACAGCCAAUGGGUCAGUUCAGUUCAAGUGGUUCCCAAGAAGGGGAGAAUCACUGUGGUGCCCAAUGAAAGGAAUGAGCUAAUCCCUACAAAAACCAUUACAGGCUGGAGAAUGUGUAUUGACUACAGGAAGCUUAAUGAGGCCACAAGAAAAGAUCAUUUCCCACUUCCCUUCAUGGUCCAAAUGUUGGAAAGACUUGCGGGACAUGCAUAUUAUUGUUUUCUAGAUGGGUAUUCAGGAUAUAACCAAAUAGUGGUUGAUCCAAGAGACCAAGUGAAAACAUCUUUCACUUGCCCAUAUGGAGUGUUUGCCUAUAGGCGCAUGCCAUUCGGGCUAUGUAAUGCACCCGCAACCUUCCAACGCUGCAUGCUCUCCAUCUUUUCAGAUAUGAUAGAGAAGUUCAUUGAAGUUUUCAUGGAUGACUUCUCAGUAUUUGGAGAUUCCUUCCCUAGUUGCCUAACCCAUCUUGCCUUGGUAUUGAAAAGAUGUCAAGAAACCAACUUAGUCUUGAACUGGGAAAAAUGUCACUUCAUGGUGACAGAGGGAAUAGUUCUUGGCCAUAAAGUUUCUAAUCAAGGCAUUGAGGUAGACAGAGCUAAGGUGGAGCUAAUUGAAAAGUUACCUCCACCUAGUGAUGUCAAGGAAUUUAAUAUUGAAAUCAGAGACAAGAAAGAAGUGGAGAACAAGGUAGCAGAUCACUUAUCCUGA